AGCAGCUUCACACUAUGUUUGUUCUGGCUCUGUUCAUCUCCAUCAUGCUGGGAGCAUUCAGUGCUCAGGCAGUGGUCACGAGCUUUGAUGAGUGUAAAGAGGUCUUCUACAAAGGAACAGAACCAGGAGGAAUGGAUCAGAAUGCAAAGAAAAUCUGUCAGAAGCUUGAAAAUGAUGGCUAUUACGCUACCCUGUACUCAGUUAAUCACGGGAUCCCUCUCUACACUGCAUACUUAUUUAACGCUAACUGCUUAAGCAUUGCUGGAAGAAGAGAAAACUGGCAUGCAGAGCCACGGAUUCCCCAACCUAGAUCCACAAUUGAGAAUAUUUUCUUUGAAAAUUAUACAAUGGUUUGUAAAGAAAACCAAGCCAUCAGCAGUAACUACAGUGACACCGGAUACGACCGUGGUUAUCUGUACCCCAGUUUUCAAUACAGUGAAGAACAAAAGGCAACAUUCUCACCGACCAAUGCUGUUCCGAUGGACGCGUGUUUCAACGGAAUCCACUGGAAGAACUAUGAGAAGGUGCUGAGGACUUUCUUAUUACUGAAGUAUUCCAGUUCUGAUUUAGAAAGAAAACGUAUGGAUGAGCCAGAUGAAGAAUUUUCGAUGAAUAAUAUUGCUACAGUCUACAUUGUCACAGGGACGGUCCCCAGUGCAAAUGAACAAAUACCAUACAGGGGAACUUCUAAAGACCCAGAAAGAGUGACUGUGCCCUCUCACAUCUGGACAGCCGUCUGUUAUAAAGACCGCUUCAAUGACGCAAAGUCAUUUUCCUUUGGCUAUAUUGGAAAUAACCUGCCGGAUGGACGCAUAACUCCGAUGCUUAUCCCAGAUUUAGAGAAACGGCUCAGUGAACUCUACAGGGUGGUCUCAAAAUCGCCUCGGUCAAUUAACAUAUUUGCUGAUUGUUUUUCUAAAAAAACAAAUUUAGGUGAGGUUCUUUACUUUCAGAAGUUAAUUAAUCUACAAUUGAGCCGAGCAGUCCAAUCAAGAUCAGACAUACAAAACAUGAUCAAAACAGUGAAAAGAGCCCUCAGAACUGACACCAAAUUUACAGACAACUUCAAGGUGACUAAGAUGACGGCAGAAUUAGCCUUUGACAGCAUGAGCUCUUAUCGCAAUGUGACAGAAGAUCUGAAGCGUGCUACUGGAAGUUCUUGUCUUAUAACUUACGUCAGUCCACAAAAGGAAGGGAUGAAUGAGCGGAGAAAGAGGGGGGUAUCCGAGUUUUCAGAUGCUGUU